AAAUGCAGACAUGCAAUGGCCGUAUUUGAUUUGGAUCUUUAACAAUUGUCGAAGUAGUAAUCAAACAAGUCAGAAAAACUUACAUAAUCAAGUUAAAAUUGCUCACAUGACCAAUUUGUUUGAUCCCAUGACCAGUUCAAAUUCGCCAGCGCUUGACAUGCUCGAAGGGGCUCUGGACUCGGAAAAACCAAGCGAUUUAGAGGAAAGUAAAGGACGAGUUUUGACAGCCACAAGCCCUGAACAUGAAAGCGUUACUGUCACGGUAUCAACUGUAGGUGACGACCCAUCAGUAGCAGGCUCGAGCUGUCUUGGCUCGCAGUCGAAUCAUGCUCAAAGGUACGCCGAUCCGAAUGCUAUUCAAUACCAAUAUCGCCCAGACACGAAUCUAGAUGAAAAUCAUGUACACACAUCGGCGAAUUACGGCAACGGCACUCACAUCCGUGUUGUCCAAGUGCAUGGCGACGAAGGCGAACACACGCUUGAUCGAGUCGAUGUUCCAGUCUCCGAAAACAAUUUCGUGCAGUCUUCCCAUGUUGCUCAACCAACUGUCAUACAAAGUCCAUUCCCUGAAUCUCCACCGACUCAAGUCGACGGUGAUUCUGGUCGAUUUGCUUACUAUUCGCAUGCAACUACUGAUCAAGGAAGUGCAGGGCAAGGUGAAAGUAUAGAUCCAAAUACAGCUUACAUUGUGAGAACGGUACCCGUUAGUGGACUCACUCAGCCUUCUUCACCCAUUCCUGCGGGAAAUGUGAUUCCUGUCACUCAGGGUACCCAAGGGCAGUUUUAUGUGAUGAUGCCUCAAGAUGUCUUGCAAGCUGGAAGUCAACGAACUAUUGCUCCAAGGUCUCAUCCUACCAAUACGAAAGUUGAUAGUCAAAGAACCCCACGUGAUGAGAAAAGAAGGGCAACUCACAACGAGGUUGAAAGACGCAGAAGAGACAAGAUCAACAACUGGAUUGACAAGUUGGCAAAACUCUUACCUGAAAGUGACCAGGAUCAUUCAAAGCAAGGGCAGGUAGACGUGAAAAGCAAAGGAGGUGUUCUUGGUAAAACCGUCGACUAUAUACACGAUUUAAGGUCAGCUAAUGCACGAAUGGCAGACGCAGUAAAAGAAAACGAACGGUUACUGAUUGAUGUUGAAUUGAUGAGGCAACAGUAUGAAGAAGCGACAAAAGAAGUUGCUAUGCUACGAACUCAAUUGCAACAACAUGGUAUUGAACCUGUGUCUACGUCAGCCAAUUCGCAACCACACUAACUUACAAUGUAGCUACUGACUUAUGUAAAUUUGCCAUAUAUGCUGUAACCAAUCGUGCAAAUUCAGGUUACCCAGCACGCUAAUAAGGAGAUUUUCUCCCGAGAAUACGAAAGGUUAUUUAUUGAUUAGAAUUCAACAUAGAACGCGCCAUUUUUAACAUAAAAAUCUUGUAAGGAUUACCGUAUACUAAUUAUUUGGCAUCUUUUUGCCAUUUCUAACUAUAUCACCAUUUCUACAUAUAUCGCCAUCGCCAUAUGUAAAUAGAUGUUUUGAAAUUAUCAUACCAAUAAAAAAAAGAGGUAAUUGCAUUUAA